ACAAAACAAAAACAUACACAUCUUAAUUUUGCUUUGACAAAAUACAUGCAUUUAAUGCACAAUCAUUGCUGUUAAAGUGGUAUUUAUUUUGAAACAGACAGGAACCACUAUUCGCGGGGACGCAGUUUUAAGCCGGGUGUAUUUUGCGUAAGAACUCGAACAUGGCGAUCCACUGUAGCAGAAUAUGCCUGCAAUAUUUGAUACAUCUGGCCCACGACAAUGUUGACUUCAGGCUACCGGAGAUUAGGUCGCUGCUGUCCCUCAGGGGCAAACCGUUUGAUCCAGGUGAAAACUUUAAAGAAAAGUCUCCAUUCUGGCUCCUGAAUGGCUUGUCAGAGGAAGAUGUCAACAGCAUCAUGGCCAGAACUGUUUGUGCAAAGUCUGCAUUUGAGCUGUGGGGCCAUGGCAGAACGCACAGUGAACUCAGGAACUCGCUCUUGAAAUAUCCAACAGAGAACAUGUCACCCUUCCUACAGAAAGACUCAACAUACAAAAUCAAUGUCUACACUUUCAACAAGACUCUAGAGUUCGAAGAUAGAAUUAAGAAGAUAGAUGCAAUGGAAUAUCUCUCAUUCGAGGGAAGGGUCAAUCUACGGAACCCUAAACACAUCUUCUGUCUGUUGGAGGACUAUGGAACUGACCCUAACGACAUCCCAGACGAGCCCCUCUACAUCUACUUUGGGAGAUGGAUUGCAGAUGGCCAGCGUGAGUUGAUUCGCUCUCACAGUGUGAAGAACAGGCACUUCAUAGGUAACACCAGUAUGGACGCUGGGUUGUCUUUUAUCAUGGCCAACCACGCCAGUGUCAAGGCUCACGACCUGGUCUACGACCCCUUCGUUGGGACUGGUAGCCUCCUGGUUGCAUGCUCUCAUUUUGGUGCAUAUGUCUGUGGAACGGAUAUUGAUUACAACACCAUCCAUGGGAUAGGAAAAGCGAGUCGUAAGAACCAGAAGUGGAGGGGUCCAGAUGAGAACAUCAGAGCCAACCUGCGUCAGUACGGCUCAGAGAAGCUGUAUGUGGACGUCCUUGUGUCUGACGCCUCCAAGCCUAUCUGGAGGGACGGAGUGCUCUUUGACGCCAUCAUCACUGACCCCCCCUAUGGGAUUCGGGAGUCAACCAGGAGAACAGGCUCUCAGAAGGACAGUGUAAACAGUGUGAAGCCAUCUGAAGACUACGUUGGAGACAGCCAUGUCCCCGUUUCCAUGGCCUACCACCUGAGUGACAUAUUCACUGACCUGUUAAACUUCUCAGCUCAACACCUGGUCAUCGGAGGGCGGCUAGUCUACUGGCUACCAAUCUACAGGCCAGAGUACUGUGAAGAGAUGGUGCCCCUGAAUGCCUGUCUCAGACUGGUCAGUAACUGUGAACAGACCCUUUCCAGCCACACCUCCAGACGUCUCAUCACCAUGGAGAAGAUCAAGGAACCAGAGUCUCCUCCUGGCAGGCUGUAUCCAGCAAUGCUGCUCAACCCAGUCUUCAAAGGCUUCUGCUUUAGAGGCUGUAAUGCAGGCUUGACUACUGUAAUGCUAUUCUGUCGGGUCUACUCAAGAAAGCCAUUGGUCAACUGCAAAACAUGCAGAAUGCUGCAGCACGGGUACUGCCCAAGACCAGAUGAAGAGCGCACAUUACACCGGUUUUAAAGUCUCUGCGCUGGCUGCCUUUAUGUGUCCCUCAGGUCCUCUGGCGCUGGCCUUUUAACUGUCCCAAAGCUUAGGACGAAGACUAUGCCCCCAGCCUCUGGAAUAGCCUGCCAGAAAACCUGAGGGGGGCUGAAACUGGACAUAUUUAAAAGGGAUCUUAAAACACACAUUUUCAGCUCUGCUUUUCCUUAGUGUGCUUUUUAGUCUUUCAGUUUGUAUUGUUAUUCCUUUGUUUUCUAUCCUCAAAUUUUUGGUCAUUUAUAAAAAUAAUAAAACUGAAAUAUUACAUUUUAGAAAAGUAUUCAGACCCUUUACUCAG